GUGAAGAUAUUCUAUUUUUGGACCUAUCUCUCGACCCAGAACUGUUUGAGGGUCCAAAAGGAGAUAAACAAUCAGAUACCUAUCGGAAAAUGAAAGAGGUGACUGAAGAAUGCUGGGAGGGAAGUUUCCCCAAGACGAACGUGUUAUGGUUGCAAUAUUUGGUUGACAUUUUGCUCUUGAAGAAAUCAUAU